GCCACGGACAAGCUAGGACCCCGUCGCGUUCCUGUCCCUCUGGUCCUUGAGCCGGCGCAGACGGCGAAGUCAUGGCCUUGAGGUUGCUGAGACUCGUCCCGGCGUCGGCUCCCGCGCGCGGCCUCGCGGCCGGAGCCCAGCGCGUGGGAAGAAUUCAUACCAGUGUGCACUGCAAGCUGAGGUAUGGGCUUUUGGCCUCCAUUCUUGGUGAUAAGACAACCAAAAAGCUGCAUGAGUACAGCCGAGUGAUAACAGUAGAUGGGAACAUAUGCUCUGGGAAAAGCAAGCUCGCAAGGGAGAUCGCAGAGCAACUAGGCAUGAAGCACUACCCAGAAGCAGGGAUACAGUACUCAAGCACCACCACAGGCGAUGGAAGGCCCCUCGACAUAGAGUUUAGUGGCAGCUGUAGUUUAGAGAAAUUUUAUGAUGACCCCAAGAGCAACGAUGGCAACAGCUACCGCCUGCAGUCCUGGCUGUAUGCCAACCGCCUCCUUCAGUACUCAGAUGCCCUGGAGCACCUGCUGAGCACAGGACAAGGUGUGGUCUUGGAGCGCUCCAUCUACAGUGACUUUGUCUUCCUGGAGGCAAUGUACAACCAGGGCUAUAUCCGAAAGCAGUGUGUCGACCACUAUAAUGAAAUUAAGCGGCUCACUCUUCCGGAGUACCUGCCACCACAUGCAGUCAUCUAUAUUGAUGUGCCCGUGCCAGAGAUACAGAGCAGGAUCCAGAAGAAAGGAGAUCCACAUGAAAUGAAGGUCACCUCUGCCUAUCUCCAGGACAUUGAGAAUGCCUACAAGAAAACCUUCCUCCCCCAAAUGAGUGAGAUGUGCGAGGUGUUGGUGUACAGUUCCUGGGAAGCUGAAGACCCAACCAAGGUGAUAGAGGACAUUGAAUACCUUGAGUACAACAAAGGGCCUUGGCUGAAACAGGACGAUUGGACCUUUCACUACCUGCGGAUGCUGGUUCAGGAUAAGACAGAAGUGCUGAAUUACACAACCAUUCCAGUCUACCUCCCAGAAAUCACUAUUGGAGCUCAUCAGGGUAGCCGGAUCUACAACAGCUUCAGAGAGCUGCCAGGCCGCAAGUACGCCCCUGGGUACAAUGCCGAAGUGGGUGACAAGUGGAUCUGGCUGAAGUGAAUGGUCCCCUCUGCCCAGCGGUGUCACAGCCAUGGAGAUGUCUGCUCUGCCCAACUCUAUGAACUCCAGAGCUUUACAAGACAACAGGAAAAAAGCAAAUGAUCAAGAAAUUGCCAGAAAAAAAAAAGAGUCUGGCCCAUGCCUAGUCAGAAUUGAAAGAAUCAGCUUCUAUUGAAAAGGUUUGGAACCUUCUAGUGAUGUUUUGGAAUCAUCUGGAGAAAAACCAGAACAGAGCUGGUCUGCUGAAAGCCCAGCUCCCACUUGAAGCCCUGUGCCCAGUGCUGUUCCCUUGAGCCCUUCCAACUUGAAGAAGAAAUAAAGCUGGCUCUGUAGCCCC